AUGGCAAAGUAUGGACGCCUGGACUGCUUAAACUGGUCGAGAUGUUGGAGUAAAAAACUGCACUGCAAACCCCCUGCACUGGCAACCCCCCUGCACUGGCAACCCCCCUGCACUGGCAACCCCCCUGCACUGGCAACCCCCCUGCACUGGCAACCCCCCUGCACUGGCAACCCCCCUGCACUGGCAACCCCCCUGCACUGGCAACCCCCCUGCACUGGCAACCCCCCUGCACUGGCAACCCCCCUGCACUGGCAACCCCCCUGCACUGGCAACCCCCCUGCACUGGCAACCCCCCUGCACUGGCAACCCCCCUGCACUGGCAACCCCCCUGCACUGGCAACCCCCCUGCACUGGCAACCCCCCUGCACUGGCAACCCCCCUGCACUGGCAACCCCCCUGCACUGGCAACCCCCCUGCACUGGCAACCCCCCUGCACUGGCAACCCCCCUGCACUGGCAACCCCCCUGCACUGGCAACCCCCCUGCACUGGCAACCCCCCUGCACUGGCAACCCCCCUGCACUGGCAACCCCCCUGCACUGGCAACCCCCCUGCACUGGCAACCCCCCUGCACUGGCAACCCCCCUGCACUGGCAACCCCCCUGCACUGGCAACCCCCCUGCACUGGCAACCCCCCUGCACUGGCAACCCCCCUGCACUGGCAACCCCCCUGCACUGGCAACCCCCCUGCACUGGCAACCCCCCUGCACUGGCAACCCCCCUGCACUGGCAACCCCCCUGCACUGGCAACCCCCCUGCACUGGCAACCCCCCUGCACUGGCAACCCCCCUGCACUGGCAACCCCCCUGCACUGGCAACUCCCCUGCACUGGCAACCCCCCUGCACUGGCAACCCCCCUGCACUGGCAACCCCCCUGCACUGGCAACCCACCUGCACUGGCAACCCCCCUGCACUGGCAACCCCCCUGCACUGGCAACCCCCCUGCACUGGCAACCCCCCUGCACUGA